AUGAGCAAAUUCUCGCGACUAUCGCAAUCUGCACCGGGAGCAGCACCUGGAUAUCCUGGUGCACCAGCACCACAAGCACCAUACUCUCCUCAACCCUACAAUCAACCUCCUGUUCCUCCACGGCCAAGCGCAUCACCACAACCAUACCAGCAGCCGUCGUGGCAGGUACCACAACACCAGCAACCUCAGUAUGGCCAACAACCAGGACCGCCGCAACAAGGAGGGGGAUAUCAAUCGCCACAACCAGCAUACACAUCGUACCAAUCACAAUACCAGCCACAGAAUCAUUAUGGACAACUGCCGUAUCAACACCAACAACAACAGCCCAAUAGCGGUUAUGGAUAUGGUCCUCCUCCAGGACAAGGACAACCUCCCUAUCCCGGCGGCCCAGCCCCAGGCGGUCCUCCGGGCGGUCCCCCUUCACAGCAAUAUGGCAGCGGGCCAAUCGGUGGCGCGCCUAUGGCUCCGGUCGGGAACGUAGCAGGCUACAAGCAAGCUCUCCAAGCGACAAUUCAAGAGAAAGGACUCCAAAAUUUCUAUCCCCCAGGCAAUUCUUUGCUCGACCAAAUCGCAAAUCGUGGCGCACAACAAGUUGCACAGUUAGCACAGGAAUGGCGCAUUUCCACUGAAAUUGCCGCUGAUAUUGUCAAAUUGGCACUGUACGACGUCAUUCUCUACGUCGAUGAUAGCGGAAGUAUGCAAUUUGAAGAAAACGGCGAACGCAUCGACGACUUGAAAGUGAUAUUGUCGCGUGUCGCGUAUGCCACCUCGCUGUUCGACACCGACGGCAUUCAAGUACGAUUCAUGAACUCUCCUGAUCAGCGCGACGGCAUCCGCGACAAGCAGCAUGUCGAUGAGAUGAUUGCUCACACUCGCUUCUCUGGUUUAACUCCCAUGGGUCGUGAGCUGCAGAACAAAAUUUUGGGUCCUUUGGUAUUGGACCCGGCGAGACGCGGUACUUUGCGCAAACCAGUACUGGUAAUCACAAUUACAGACGGACAGCCGACGGGCGAGAGCCCUUCAGAUAUAGCGAGGAUCAUCAAGGCCGCAUCGGACGAGUUGGCUAGAAAUACUCGUUACGGCAAGGGCGCAUUGGUAUUCCAGUUCGCACAGGUCGGCAAUGAUCUCAAGGCUCAAGAAUUCUUGAGCAAGCUUGAUGAGGAGCCGGCAAUUGGCGAUAUCAUUGACUGCACAUCCAACUAUGAAGUCGAAGCAUAUGAAAUGCAGCAUGCCAACCCACCCGUCCAAUUGUCUCCCGAACUUUGGCUCAUCAAACUCUUGUUGGGCUCGAUCGAUUCGUCCUACGACUCUAAAGACGAAAAGGCUCGAGCGCGACCUCCUCAAGGCGGAUAUGGUGCCCCACCACCACCCGGCGGUUAUGGCGGUGGAUAUCCUCAGCAGGGUGGUUAUGGUGCUCCUCCUCAGCAAGGCGGUUACGGACAACAGGGCGGAUAUGGCCAGCAACCCGGUGGAUACGGACCGGCACAAGGCGGAUAUGGAAGACCUCCGCAACCAGGAGGAUAUCCUCCACAGCAACAAGGUGGUUAUGGUGCACCUCCACCUCCCAGAUAUUAA